CCUCACUUGCAGUAGUGAUCAGCAUGCGACAUGAAUCAACUGACUCAGGCUCCGUCGUGGUCUGUAACAAGAGGUGCACAUCAUCACGGCAAGGCUUCGGCUCGACAUAGCAGCCAGGAGGAAGAGAAGCCGGGUAAAGCCGCUGGUGCUAAACACGCCGUCCAAUGCAGGGUCAGGCAAGGGGCUCGACCACGGCCUGUCAAAUGAGAGGCAUCAGGCGCUGAUUUGCUUUAUCUGGACUUCCCCGCAGCGUGCUGGCUCCCAAGUCGGGUCCCCGGCUCGAAUACCUGGUCACCUAUACCGUUGGAGGCGGAUACCACACGAGCUACCGUGGCGUUGUUCCUUUCGUGGCUCCAAUCAAUUCCUUGUGCACGAAUCAUGCAAUGUGGAAAUGCGACACCUAGACCUGGCACAAAGUGGGGUGGUUACAAGCUAUGCUAACCAGAAUCUACUAAUCCGUCUUAGGUAGCAAGAUUGAGAUUCAGCAAAGAUUCGACGUUGUUUAUCUUUGGGGGGAGAGAAUUCUCUCUCCUGUAUCCUCCAGAGUAUUUUUGAAGUGGAACAGUAUUUCUUGCAAGAAAAGUCGCAAUUGCACACUUCAUGUGGGACGACAACUCUCCUGGGUUUCCCUCAGCGUGAAGUCUUGAUAUUUGAUGCUGGUAAACCGUGUUCGAAGGCAGACAUGGAGACCGACAAGCAGGACACAGGUAGUGUCAACAGCGAUGAACAGACGCUCAUCAGCCUCGGCGUCAAGCCGGAGCUCAAGCGAACCUAUACUUUCUGGAGCUUAAUGGCAUACCAAACAACAAUCCUGUGUUCGUGGAGUUGCAACAUCGUCAUGUUUGCUUACAUCUUCACUUUGGGUGGUCCUGUGUGUCUAGUCUGGGGAACUGUCGUGGUCACGCUCGGCCAACUCUUGGUCAUGGCUUCGCUUGCCGAAUACUGUUCCCUAUGGCCCACUGCUGGUGGCCAACAAUUCUAUACACAGAUCGUCGCACCAGAAAGAUACCGCCGGUUCCUGUCUUACUUUGUUGGUUGGUGCGUGCUGGUGGGCGAGAUCUCAACAACCAGCAGUUGUGCCCUGAACAGCGCCGAGAUUGUGGCCGCACUGGUCGAGAUCAUGCACCCAGAGGUUCAUUGGCAUGCUUGGAUGACAUGGCUUAUUUACACUGGGUUUCUGAUCGCACCAGCAGUGACCAACUUGGCGCCGAAGUAUCUUCCGAAGUUGCAAUUAUUUGGCUCAUUCUUCAACCUUUCCAAUGCGCUGACGUGGGCCAUCGUCUUCCUCGUCAUGGCUGACAAAAACAGCUCGAAGUUUGUCUUUACCGAGUUCCUUAACACCUCAGGCUGGUCGCCCAAAGGCUGGGUCUUUAUACUCAGCAUGUACGUUCCCAUUUACGGUCUCUAUGGCACCGAUGGCGUGAUGCACUUGGCGGAAGAAAUGAAGAAUGCUUCACGAGAUGCUCCUCGCGUCAUGAUGUGGUCGAUGCUCUGGGCUGGUGUGACCGCCUGGUUGUCAAUGAUUGUCAUGUGUUACACAGUAGGACCUAAUUGGGAAGACUACUUGCAAGCCACUUCUUCCUAUGUGGCAUGGUUCAUGGACGUUGUGGACUCGACGUACGGUGGUGGUAUCUGGGUUGCAGUCAUGAUGAUGGGCCUCAACUAUCUGAUCAUCGUCAACAUAAACUCUGCUGGUUCUCGACUCAUUUGGUCCAUGGCUCGCGAUCGCGCCUUUCCGUUCUCUGAUUACUUCGCACAGGUCAACAGCCACUUCAUGAUGCCCCUACGCAGCAUGAUGGCAUUCCUGGUCGUCAACUUCCUCGUUGGUCUGCUCGUGCUCGGAAGCAAUCUAGCCUUCUAUGCAAUCAUCUCAGGCGGUGGCGUGACCUUGCAGAUAUCCUACUGUGUCCCAAUCCUGUGCGUUGUAUUGAAGGGCCGACAGCACCUACCUCCUCGCCCGCAUUUCGACCUUGGCCGAUGGGGCUAUGCGAUCAACAUUGCCUCCUUACUGUGGAGCAUCGUCGUCCUCCUGUUUUACAUCUUCCCGCAAUAUGUGCCAGUCGCUGGCGCAAUCGAGAACAUGAAUUGGGCCAUAGCCAUCCUCGGUGGGGUCGUACUGCUUGCGGGUGCUUACUGGAUUUUCAAGGGGAGACACGAAUAUCUCGUCUUCAGCAAUACGGUUCUUGAUGAGAACGUUGUGUAUCACGGUGAUGCUGUCCUGACAGGAAGGGAGGCAGCGGCAGCUUUUAGGCAGUCGAAGUUGGAAAAGCACUCAGCGGCUUGAGCCUGAAGCGAAUAGUGUUGGUUGCAGACUUCUUGUGGGUUGACUUUAGAUCUCCUUCAAAGACCAAAAUGGUGAUGCCAUACAACGACGAGGACUGGAAAAGUGAAAAAGAUAGAUGCGGUUUAGCAGAUACAGACUUUGUUAAAUUACACCAGGUUGCAGAUUUGUAAAAGUGGGAUAGUCGUUCUAUCAAUGGAUGUUUAAACCG